GGCAAUCAUGAACAAAUGACAGUUUUGGUUCUGUCAAGGUGCAUUUCCUUUCUGCGCAUUUUUGGUGAUCACGAUCGAGAACGAGCAUCCCUUAAAAGUAUUCAUUCGUCGGUGUCUAUAAAAAUGAGCUCUCACGGAAGACAGCGAACCAUCAGUAUGACCAACGAUAUCAGCAUUAUAUUUAUCCGCGCUGUAAAAAAAAAACCAGUGAUCUGGUGCAAAAAUUCACCAGAUCAUAAAAAUAAGCAGGCGCAGAUAAAUGCUUGGAUGGAGCUAGAAGUUGAGUUUGAGAUGCCAUGGGAACAACUACACAAAAAAUGGAUCUCGUUGAACAGUUCUUUUCGACAUUAUAAGAAAAUUGAAAGCAAACAAGUUGGAAAAAAACAGACUACGCCAAAAUGGUAUGCUUACAACGAAUUACAAUUUUUAAACACGGCAACAGACACGUCCUCCUCCUCCGACAUGCCAGGAGAGUCGCCACCACCAUCCGGUCCGUCUUUUUCACCCACUGACGAAACUCUGAAUCGUGACGAGGAGGAAUUUUUGAAGUGAUGUAUAUUCAUUAAAAUUAUGAAAAUGCUUCAUGCUUCUCAAGAUGGAAUGAUAGGCGUAUUGCAGUGCAUAAUGACAGUUCUAUAAGACAUCGAAUGGCGCUCUGUCCAUUCGAACAGAGUGGUGGUUGUUUAUCUUGUUCGAUUGGCGCCAGAGCGCCGCCUAAGACUGUACCAACAACUACAAGUACAGUAGAACGUCGAUUAUCCGGGGACGGAUUAACCGGCGGGCGGCUUAACCGUGCGCAUAAAUCUGACAGCUGUUCAUACGUACGGCGAAAGUUUGCAGCGAUAAUCAAUUGGGAAACCAGUUUCUUGUGCAGCUCUGUAGUGUACCUAGGGGUAUUUUCGAAAUUCAUUUCUGUUCAUGAACAGUUGUUAAACCUACAGUUAUUGAUUAAAAUAAUAUUCGACUAACGAUUAAUCGAUUGAUUCUAGGUGAAUUAAUAAUAAAACUGAGUGAAUUUCAUAUGUUUAAUAUGCGUUUGACCGGCAACCGGCAACCGUCCGGUCCCGAGCUGCCCGGAUAAUCGACGCUCUACUGUAUGCAGUUAGUGCUCGGGUUAAUAAAAAGGAAAAUAAAAAAAAAGUUCGGAUAAGUUUGACUAUGAUUUCAACUGAAUGCAAUAAAAUUUGAAGCUAUUUUGAUGCAAA